UUGAGAGAGCAAAGCCAUGGGUUUUGCGGCCCUUGGCUUCUACUCUUCCACUCCUCUUCGCUCCUUCUUCAGCUCCGCAGAUGGUUUGGAGGUGGAGAACCAGCAGGACGAGCUGGUUCGCCCAAGCUUUCAUAAGUGGAGGAUGGUCAUUGCGUAUGAUGGCGCUAAAUUCAGAGAAUUACAUUUCAGGUUGGCAGUAUCAAGAAUCACCACCUACCAUUCAGUGCAUCAUAGAAAGGGCAUUGACUUGUAUCACAAAGCUUGAACGCAAGGAGCUUUCUUUAGUUGGUGCAAGCAGGACUGAUAGUGGUGUUCAUGCCUGGGGCCAGGUUGCACACUUUGUUACUCCUUUCACCUAUGAUAGCUUGGAAAGUCUUCAUGCUGCAGUUAAUGGGCUUCUUCCCCGUGAAAUUCGAGUAAGGGAAAUCGGUCCAACAUGUCCAGAAUUCCAUGCUCGUUUCUCCACGAAGAGCAAGAUCUAUCAUUACAAGAUAUAUAAUAAUGCGAUUAUGGAUCCAUUUCAAUGCCAAUAUGCAUAUCAUAGUGUUCACAAACUCAAUCCUGAAGUCAUGAGGGAGGCCGCAUUACAUUUUGUGGGCAAGCAUGACUUCUCAUCUUUUGCUAAUGCAUCACAUAACGAUCGAUUGCCAAAUCCUGUGAAAGAAAUUUUCCGCUUUGAUGUUGUUGAGAUGGGACAUAUGCUACAGCUUGAGGUUGACGGAACUGGUUUUUUAUUCAGACAAGUAAGGAACAUGGUAGCUUUGCUGUUGCAAAUUGGAAGAGAAGCACUGCCUCCCGACAUCAUACCGGAGAUUUUAGCUGCCCGGGAUCGGAGGGCACUCGCAAGGUACGCUCUAUCAGCACCACCUCAUGGACUGUGUCUCAUGUCAAUCAACUAUGACACUGAACUACUGAAGCUUCCUGCUGGUUCUCCAGCAAUUAGUUUUGGCAGGACUCAUACUGUGAGCAAAUGCAAGCUUCCAUUCUAUUAAUUCAUAUCUUGUGAAAUUUAUUACCACACAUUGUCUAGCAAAUUGAUACAUUGAAUAAUAAUUCUAAUCUGA